GGAAGAUGGCGCCCUCAGUCAAAGUGUCACAUAAAUGUCGCGUUUUUUGGCGGGAAUAUGAAUAAGGGGUUUCAAGAGGGUGAACACGAGUUUCUUUUUCCAAAUCGGGACAAAUAUUCGGGUCACUUUUGCGCUCAUGUUAGUGGUUUAGCAUGGAGGCAAGGCCAUGGUGUUUACGAAACGCACGAUUUGCAAUUUUACGAAGGAAACUGGAAGGACGAUAAAUUAAAUGAAAACGAAAAUGUGCGCAUUAUGUUCAAAAAUAACGACACUUUUGAGGGAAAAAUCAAAAAGUACAAGUACAACGGUCCAGGGACAUACACUUUUCGUAGGGGAGGCCGGUUGUGUUGCGAAUUUUUGAAUAAUAAGCCUUCGGGGAAUGUGAUUUUUAUUGAUUACAAGGGACACCUUUGGCAUGGUAAGGCCGGCCCUGAGCACACGCUGCUGUACCGUGAGCACAUUUUUUCGCAAGAACUGGACCGAGAAAGGGGCAAAGGGCGCCCUAUAAUCAAAGAAACAACAAUUCCGAGUGAAGAAGAAAAAGAAGGCGAAACGAGUGAAGUGGAAACACCAGACUUGAAAGAAUUAGAGAGACAAGUCUUCGCCAAAAGCACCAAAACCAAGUCCGUUAUUGAUUUCGAAGACUCUGACUGGUUCAGAGACUACCAGAAGAACAAAGAAAUGAAGCAAACCGUCUUUGAGAAAAUUUCAACUCUGGGAGUUUCGAGCCUCACCGAUGACGAAAAAGCGUGGUACAAAAAAUAUUACACGAGUGCAAAAAUUCGCGAAGAUUGGAAGAAGCCGAAGAAAAUCAACCACGAUUUGUUGCGCCAACACUUCGAUGAAGAAUCGAAAAAUACGUGCGCGCCAAGUUGCAUUUUUUAUGCUUCAAAUUUUGGUGAAGGCUAAAAUUAAUUAAAAUUUAUUUGUGAUUGGUAUCGGGACACCUGGGGUCGUGGGCGACUCGAAUUUGAAAAAUAAAGAUUUUGUGAUAAAUU